AUGCGAGUUUUCGGGCAAACGAACCGACCGACGAAUAAUCACAAUGAGCUUUCCAGCUGCAUCGACGUGGAAGCGACCAACGAGACUGGCUUGUCCGAUCUGCGGCAGAAAUUCGAGAGUAUCGCGAAGACGUGCGAGCUAUGCCAGGAGAAGUUCUACUUCGUCUCCAGGCUGGUCGCGCACCUGCGGAUUGCGCACGACAUUCACCGGCCCUUCGAGUGCGUCACCUGCGGCAAGAGUUACCCCCAGCAGUUCAUGUUGAACGCCCACGUGAAGAAGUCGCACACGCCGAAGACGAUGCCGUGCGACGAGUGCGGUUUCAUGGGCGUGAGCGCGACCGACGUGGAGAGGCACUGCAAGCGGGUUCAUCGUGCCCUCAAGUUCACCUGCGACAUCUGCCUCAAGAACCUCGAAGACGAGGACACUCUGAUCGCGCACACGAACAUGCACAACUCUAUGCCAAGUCAACGAUGCAGCGUCUGCAGUAGCGUCUUCGACGACGUCAGCAGCUUAAAGGAACACAAUCGUCUGCACCACUACGACCCCGCGAGCGCAGUCAGGAAAGCGAAAAAGCCCGCCGGCGCGAAGGCGACUGAGCACAAGUGCGAGGUUUGCGGCAAGGUGUACAAGUACAAGUCGAUGCUGAAGCAGCACAAAGGGAAGGUGCACGGCGCCCCAGUCAGCUGCGAGAGAUGCAGGUACCUCUGCGCGCUCUGCGGCAAGGAGCUGAAGACCGCGAAGGGCCUCGAGAUCCACAACAGGUUGCACACCGGCGAGAAGCCGUACACCUGCGAGGUGUGCGGCAAGGGCUUCGCCUGCGAGACCCUGCUGAGGACCCACAACGUCACUCACACCGGGGAGCGCAAGUACUCGUGCGACCAGUGCGGCAAGGCGUUCACCCAAAGGUCCACGUUGGUCGUUCACAAACGCUACCAUACGGGUGAACGGCCGUACGUUUGUCCGCAAUGUGGCAAGGGCUUCGUCACGCGAACCGUCCUCAACACUCACAUGACGUCCUGUCGCUGAGACGACUUGCUCGUGAGGCCGAGGGGGACUCAGUGUCGCCAGCGUCGACGUUUGAGAAACGUCGUGUAGAAGAAACUUGAAGCGUGCUCUGGUUCCUCAGCCUCAGUUCCUCGUCAGCGUCGUUUGGAUGAACGGCGAGACGGUGAGACGCCUUGGUCGAGUCCUGAGAAACGUGGAGAAACGCAAACAGCGAGACUUCAGCCAAUCGAUCGAUCACAGUCGAGAAAAUGUCAGUGUCAUAAUGGUUCUAAUGUUAAUUUGACAAUUGAAUCAUUUCUGAACGGAAUUGAACGACUCGCUGGGUUGACUGGUUGGGUUUCACCGUUGUUGUUUUCUGUGUGCUGUGGCCUUGAGUGAUGAUUUUCGGAUGAAUUCUUGUGCGCACCUCUCAGGACGCUGAAUAGAGAAAUGUAUUUUAUUAUCUUAGUAACAAAGGAAAAGAGCCGCGUUCGCGGCAUUGACUAUAAUGAAAAUAGAAUCGGUGUCCCCCGUUUUAAAUGUUGACGACAUAUCACUUACAACGGUAAGUAAUCGCACAAACGUUGUAACGCGGUGUAUUAUUGAAUAAAGAAGAAACUAUUUUCUUUUAAACACGAACCGUGAGG